AUGGGCGAUAUCGCCGCGGAGAAACGCCAGCUGACCAUCAAGACGGGUGUCGUGCGGCGACUGUCCAAGGAGCUGUGGAUGUACACGGUCGAGGCCAAGGAGCAGGACGCCAAGGUGCAGCAGUUUAUCGCCGAUAACCGCGAGGCAUGGGAAGUGCGCAAGCAGGAGGAAAUUCUCAAGGACUGCACACAAAUGGUGCCGGACACCAAGCGCCGCCUCUCGGACGCGGUCGUGGACCUGGACGCGUACUUGCACGGACUCGACGAGGCGACCAAGGAAACGGACGAGUACCGUAGUGCAGUCGAGGCCCUGGACAAGUCAAAGGAGAGUCCGUAG